AUGCACAAGGACCGCCUGCUGGUGCAACCGCUCAGAGACAACAUUCGUGUUGUACACUUCACUGGAGAUGUUUGCUCUCCGUUUACAAUUUCCCAGUCUCACCACGACACCGGUGUACCGGAUACCGAUUUUGUGCUGUAUGUAGCGGCAGGACCAGCUGUAUUUGCUAAUCUCGCCUGGGCAGUCACGUGUCAAUUUGACCCCAGUGGCCGCCCCUUGGUGGGUGCUGCCAAUUUUGAGUCUGUAAACACUAUGGACAUUUUUCAUGUCACACAUACCCUGGCGCACGAAAUACUUCACGUGUUGGGAUUUGAUAAUCAAAUAUUUAAAAACAGAAACAUGCUUGAUACUGUGUCUGUUCGCAAUAAGCCAGCAAGUUAUGUUCUGAAGUCGCCCAAAGUGGUAGAAGUCGCGAGGGCUCAUUACGGGUGCAGUACCAUGCAGCACGUCGAGUUGGAGAAUACAGAUGGCACGGGGUCUGUCGGCUCACACUGGAAGAUGCGUAACGAAAGUAUUACUUGA